CGGCGGGGCCCCGCGACCGCGGGCUCCAAUGGCGAGGCCGGCGCGGCCCCCGCUAAUUACAUAAGCGGGACGUCAAUAAUUCGCGGGAAAACGCGAAAAAGAUGGCGCCCCGCGCCCGGGGGGCCCCUUCCUGAGCGCCCGGGCCCCUCCCUCCUCCUCCUCCGGCCCCCCUCCUCCCCCCGGCGCCCCCGCCCCGCCCCGCCCCCGCCGAGACCCCGACCCCGGCCCCACGGGCGGACACUCGGCCGGGCAGCCGCGGGCCGAGCGCAGCCGCCUCCGCCGCCGAUGCGCCUGGUGGCCAGACUCCAAGUGGGACCGGCGGACACGCAGCCUCGCGUGUCAGUGGAAGCUGAUGGAGAAUCGAGCUCUGGACCCAGGGACUCGGGACUCCUAUGGUGCCAACAGCCACCUCCCUAACAAGGGGUCCCUGGCAAAAGCCAAGAGCAACUUCAAAGACCUGAUGUCCAAGCUGACGGAGGGCCAGUAUGUGCUGUGCCGGUGGACAGAUGGACUGUAUUAUCUUGGGAAGAUCAAGAGGGUCAGCAGUUCUAAGCAGAGCUGCCUCGUAACUUUUGAAGAUAAUUCCAAAUACUGGGUCUUAUGGAAAGACAUACAGCAUGCCGGUGUUCCGGGGGAGGAGCCGAAGUGCAACAUCUGCCUGGGGAAGACGUCGGGGCCCCUGAACGAGAUCCUCAUCUGUGGGAAGUGCGGCCUGGGUUACCACCAGCAGUGCCACAUCCCCACAGCGGGCAGUGCCGACCGGCCCCUGCUCACACCUUGGUUCUGCCGACGCUGCAUCUUCGCGCUGGCUGUGCGGAAAGGCGGCGCGCUGAAGAAGGGCGCCAUCGCCAGGACGCUGCAGGCCGUGAAGAUGGUGCUGUCCUACCAGCCCGAGGAGCUCGAGUGGGACUCCCCCCACCGCACCAACCAGCAGCAAUGCUACUGCUACUGCGGCGGGCCGGGAGAGUGGUACCUGCGGAUGCUACAGUGUUACCGCUGCAGACAGUGGUUCCACGAGGCCUGCACCCAGUGUCUCAAUGAACCCAUGAUGUUCGGUGACCGGGUCGAUGUGGUUCACCUGGCCCUCUACAACCUGGGCGUGCAGAGCAAGAAGAAGUACUUCGACUUUGAGGAGAUUCUGGCCUUCGUUAACCAUCACUGGGAGCUCCUGCAGCUUGGCAAGCUCACCAGCACCCCUGUGACGGACCGAGGCCCACAUCUCCUCAAUGCACUGAACAGUUACAAGAGCCGGUUCCUCUGCGGCAAGGAGAUCAAGAAGAAGAAGUGCAUCUUCCGCCUGCGCAUCCGCGUCCCGCCCAACCCGCCCGGGAAGCUGCUGCCCGACAAGGGCCUGGCGCCCGCGGAGCACGGCGCCGCCUCCGAGCUGCGGAGGAGAGGGAAGAGCAAGCCCGGUUUGCUGCCUCAUGAGUUCCAGCAGCAGAAAAGGCGAGUUUAUAGAAGAAAAAGAUCAAAGUUUUUGCUGGAAGACGCUAUCCCCAGUAGCGACUUCACCUCGGCCUGGAGCACCAAUCACCACCUGGCCAGCAUAUUUGACUUCACGCUGGACGAGAUCCAGAGUUUAAAAAGCGCCAGCUCAGGCCAGACCUUCUUCUCGGACGUGGACUCCACCGAUGCCGCCAGCACCUCUGGCUCUGCUUCCACCAGCCUCUCGUACGACUCCAGACGGACGGUGGGCAGCCGCAAGCGGAAGCUGGCAGCCAAAGCGUACGUGCCGCUGCGGGCCAAGCGCCGGGCAGCGGAGCCCGGCGGACGCUGCGCCUCGGACAGCAGCGCGGAGGCGGCCUCGGGCCCCGAGCGGCCGGACGAGGGCGUCGACAGCCACACGUUCGACAGCAUCAGUGAGGACGACUCAUCCUUGUCCCACCUCAAGUCAUCCAUCACCAACUAUUUCGGCGCAGCGGGGCGGCUGGCCUGUGGGGAGAAGUACCAGGUGCUGGCGCGGAGGGUCACGCCAGAGGGCAAGGUGCAGUACCUGGUGGAGUGGGAAGGGACCACCCCUUACUGAGCAGCCCCCCGAGGAGGCCCGGAGCCCCGGAAACCAAAGGAGAGGCGGUGGGAGCCACAGGCCCCUCGGCCCUCCCCCGGCUGCAGGAGGGAGGGACGCAAGACAGCUGGAGGGCCCGGCCGAGCCCCGCCUGCCCGCCUGUGCCUCUGCUGUCCCGGCCUGCUCCGGGCCCUCAGGCCCACCGCCCCCUCGCCCCGUGUCUCUGCGGUCCCGCCGGCUGUCUCCACAUGUUCCCUCCAGCUGUUCACCUGCCCCUCUGAGUUAGCAUCCCUCCUGACUCCGCGGAGGCCUGAGUCUUCGUCCCCAGUGUGUCCCCUCCCUUUCCCCUUUUGGGUGUGUGCAUUUGCACACCCAGCCCUCCCCUGGACGUCCUUCACACCUGACCCAUCCCGGGACCGCUCUAGGAAGACAAAGUCUUUGAGAAAGACGGGGUGAAGGUGGGUAAGAAGAGGCCUUGUGGAGCUCCUCUCCCCCGUUCCCACCCCUCCUCCUGUCCCGGGAGGAGGUGGUGAGGGUGGGAGAACGCCUCUGGGAAGCCUGCGGGGCAGAGACCCUGUGACUCUCAGGAUCCAAGGAGGAGGGGGCUGGGUCUCUGCUUCGGAAGGCAGAGGGUGCAGGCUGCGGUGUCGGCUUCCGAGAACCCCGUUUUCCCUUCUCGGGUCACAUUCCCUCUCUGUUGCCGUGGAGCGGGGCCUGGCCUUGCAGGCAGGAGGCAUGAGGAGGAGGUAGCCGUGUCCUGCUUGCUGCAUCUUGGACUGUCUCCUCUGCCUCCCACCCAACACAGCCCAAGGGCGCGUGUACGCGCACGCACACACGCACAGCGCUUCCAUCUGUGUGCGCACUCUCACCUCCAGGCACACACAUGGGUCCCAGCCUCCAUGUGUCCACAUACCACACACACAGCCACACAUCCCUUUGAGUGCCAGCCUGGCUCCUGCCCUU